GCUGCAAAAUAAGAGACAAUAGAGAAGGGACAACUCCUCUGUCCCCACUUUAUAAAUGGAGCAGUUGAGAAAUCGGAAGUCAGAGCCGUUCUCAGGAAGCAGGAAUUUACUACGGCAUACCCACCUACCCCCAGGGACCAACGCACAAGUUUCCCGCCAGUUUCUAGAUACCUAGAUAUCUGGAGACCUAGCUGUUUAUUUCCCUAGCUCUGUCUGGCGAGCUCUCUGGGGGGAAAUUGGAUAGGAGGGAAGGGGGCGCCUAACCAACUCCCUAAGUGCCCCACGGUGUCGGAGACCCUGGCCUCCCUGUGGGGCUCUGGACCUUAGACCCUUAAUCAUAAGGUCCCUUUAAAUACUUUGUCCCUUACCUGAGUCCCGCCCAGGGCAGGUAAUCGCAAACCCCGCCCCUCUGGCCAGAAACCGGGAUUUUGCCGACUAUAGUUAACAAGUGUCCACAAAAUAUGAGGAGCCACCGCUCUGUGCUGCUGCUGUACCUGGGACUGACCACCUGCCUGGACACCUCACCCAGUGGGGAGCAAGACCAAGAAGUCUUCCUGGACUCCCCAGAGGCCCAGAGCUUCCUGGGCAGCCGUAGGCGGAUUCCACGAGCCAAUCACUGGGACCUGGAGCUGUUCACGCCAGGGAACCUGGAACGGGAGUGUCAAGAGGAGAGGUGUUCCUGGGAAGAGGCGCGGGAGUACUUUGAGGACAAUACUCUGACGGAGCGCUUUUGGGAGAACUACGUCUACAAUGGCAGAGGAGGACGUGGACGAGGGGACGUAGCAAGCAUGGCUGUGGGGCUGACAGUGGGCAUCCUGCUCAUGGUCCUGGCCAGCCUGGGAGCCUUUUGGUAUCUGCAUUGCCGUCAGAAACGAGGCCAGCAGCCCAGUCCUCAAGAGGCCGAGCUCAUCAGUCCCCUGAGCUCUCUGAGUCCGCCGACGCCCCUGCCUCCACCCCCACCCCCAGGCCUCCCCACCUACGAGCAGGCGCUGGCGGCCUCUGGGGUGCACGACGCACCACCGCCCCCCUACGCCAGCCUCUGGAGGCCGCGCUGAAGAGCUGUUUCGAGCUGUUUCGGAGUCGGGGUUCUCCGAACCGUGCCCCAGAUUCACACCGGAUUCCGGAAACCCCCAGGCCUCUUAAACUCCGGAGCUGAGCUUGGAGGGGUGAUGGCAGUAGGGAUCGUCCGGCCCGAGGCCUACCCUAACACAUGUGUUUCCGCCGCCUACGGAUACACGCAAGUUCCCGGGCAACGUGUUCCCGCGUCCCGGCGCCUCGCAGGCCCCCACGCUCUCCUAAUGGUGGGGGUACCCACCAGCCCCGCCCCCGGGAUAGGCGUGCGUGGAAACUCCGACUCAGGCGCGCAGUGCCUCGCAGACUCGCGUGUGAGUAGGUGUGACACGGCCAUCUCCCUCAGUGUCACGGGCCACGGACAGGCAGAGCCCCGCCUGUGUACACGCGUGUUUUCGUGUGCUCCCCGUGCGCGCACGGGGGCACUCUGCAAUCCAGGGAAAGGGUGGGGGGCAUAUUUGCAAGCGUGCUUGGUUGGGGGCAGGCGCACACUGCACCUGGGGAACUGGAGUUGAGCUCUUUCCCUAAAUAAAAACCCUUUGGAAAAGA